UCAACAGACCAACCAGAGCUUGGUGCAGCCACCAACCUGCGUCUGCCGCGCCUCCUUGCUCGGCCCCCUCCGAGUUUCCGGAAAGAGGGCGGGUGCCCGCCUCUGCCGUCAGCACCCCUGGCUUCGGUCUGCGCCCCCUCCCCGCUGACCUCACGGGCGCCGGCCGCAUCGCGAGCGCAUAUAAGCCACAGCCCCUCGGAAGAGCCUACAGUCAACGCGGGAUCCCUUAUCGCUGCAAACUCCACCUUGCCAGUUUGCACUCUGCAGCUCAGCAUCUCCGACUGCUCAGCGGAGUCCCCACCUCGCAGCUGCCACGAUGCCGGACCCUUGGCUGCUGCUGCCUCUGGCUUUGAUCUUCACCCUAACUGGUAUCCCUGAAUUCUGCGCCUUGCCGGUGGCCGACCAGGAGGAGGGUGUAGUCCAGAUGCUGCCAGAACGUCGAUUCUUGCAGAAAGACCUCCAGCGGGUGCGAGGGGACCUGGGUGCAGCCUUAGACUCCUGGAUCACAAAACGUCAGCAUCCAGGCAAAAGGGAGGAGGAAGAAGAAAUUGAAGCUGAAGAGGGGGGGGACUUGGGAGAAGAGGGAGCCUGGAGUCCCCACAAACGACAGCACCCUGGCCGCCGUGCCAACCAGGAUAAGUAUUCCUGGGUAGAAGCAGAGGACAGCAACUGGGUGCCAACAACCAGGUUACCAGGUUUUUUUCUGGAAUCCUGGUACUUAGACCAAGUCAAGCGGCAGCACCCUGGACGGAGAUCGUUCCCCUGGAUGGAGUCUGAUGUCACCAAGAGGCAGCAUCCAGGCCGGAGGUUCAUAGAUCCCAAGUUUCAAAGAAGCUGGGAAGAAAAAGAAGAGGGAGAGGGUAUUCCAAUGCCUGAGAAACGCCAGCAUCCUGGCAAGAGGGCAUUGGGUCAACCUUGUGGGCCCCAGGGGACUUGCGGCCAAACAGACCUGCUCCAGUUCCUAGGUGACCUGAGCAGGGGACAGGAGACCCUGGAGAAGCAGAGUCCACAGCUGGAAGCCUGGGACAGGGAGCCUCUCUUCCAGGACUAAGCCCAGAGUCAGCCAGGCUUUAAAUCUAGGAUGACUGAAGCCCCGUGUGCUCUGCCCCAUCUCCUUUUCCUCCCUUAGACGUUAAACCCGAGCCCUCUGUACACAGCUAGCAUCCAAUCCUCUUCCCUACCCACUCCAAGGACCCCAAAGAGGAAGGAAAAGCUCUACUUGUCCCCAACCUUCCAAGGGACCUCCUCAGAAAGGGUGGAGUUGAAAAGUUUUGGUAUUAAAAUCCAAUUUCCAUCUUCUACCCUAUGUGGCAAGACUGACCUGGUAUAAUUUCAGCACGCAACAAUGCCAAGGCUGGGGGCCGAGAGUGAGCAGUUUGGGAUAUUCAGGCAUGCCCUGGGGGGAUCACAUCUUGUAUAUACCCCUGCUCUUGUUAAUGUCAACAAUAAUAAAACAUGUAUCCAGGUUA